UCUCUCUCUCAUUGUCACACAAACACAGCUCUCUCAAAACUACCCAUGGGCUCACUCAUGGUCAGAACUGGGAAGAGCACUUGUCCUGGAGAGACCGGGAGAUCUAGACUUGUAUUUCUCCCAAAAGGCACCCGAUGAACUCCACCUAGAGCUAAAUGGAAGCAUAACACUGAACCACAGAACCACAGAACCACAGACUACAGACGUGAAGCGACCUUUCUCAGUGCGAUGGACAACUCUUACACUCCAGAGGUCAAGUUCAGGCUGGAUCUGGGUACAGCUCAUCCUGCACCCACCACCCUGACCAGAGGACAUUGGUCAAGCAAAAUGGAGUUCCUCUUGGCUGUCGCAGGACAAAUCAUUGGCCUAGGAAAUGUGUGGAGGUUCCCCUACCUAUGCUACAAAAAUGGAGGAGGGGUGUUCUUCAUCCCUUAUGUCCUCUUCCUGUUUGCCUGCGGCAUCCCUCUGUUUCUCCUGGAGACGUCUCUUGGCCAGUACACCCAACAGGGAAGUAUCACCUGCUGGAAGAAAAUUUGUCCCCUAUUUGAAGGGAUGGGUUAUGGCAGUCAGGUGGUUGUUUUAUAUUCCAGCAUCUACUACAUCAUCAUAUUGGCCUGGGCGUUCCUGUAUCUCUUCUGCUCUUUCAACUCUGAACUCCCCUGGUCAAGUUGCAGGAACAGCUGGAACACAGAGACGUGUGUGGAGUUUAAUCAAAACGCCGGUCACUUGAACUGGACUGUGCCUGAAAAUGCAACAUCACCAGUGAGAGAGUUUUGGGAGAGAAGAGUUUUGAAUGUCACAGGAAAUGUCCACGAGUUAGGUGGCAUGCGAUGGGAGCUGGCUCUGUGUCUUCUGCUGUCCUGGACCAUCUGUUACUUUUGUGUCUGGAAAGGAGUGAAGUCCACGGGGAAGGUUGUUUACUUUACUGCCACGUUUCCAUACGUGAUGCUGGCGGUGUUGCUUGUUCGUGGCGUCACGUUGCCGGGAGCCUUGGAUGGGAUCAAGUUCUACCUCUACCCAGAUCCCUCCCGCCUCAGUGAUCCACAGGUGUGGAUGGAUGCUGGCACCCAGAUAUUUUAUUCCUAUGCUAUUUGCAUUGGUUGUCUAACUGCACUUGGCAGUUAUAACAAGUACAACAACAACUGUUACAAGGACUGUGUGUACUUGUGCCUUCUGAACAGUGGGACCAGUUUUGUAGCUGGCUUUGCCAUCUUCUCUGCACUUGGAUUUAUGGCAUAUGAGCAGCACACAGACAUUUCAAAAGUGGCAGAAUCAGGUCCUGGCUUGGCGUUUAUUGCCUAUCCUCGAGCAGUCGCCAUGAUGCCCUUUUCCCAGAUCUGGGCGAUAUUUUUCUUCAUUAUGAUCAUCCUGUUGGGCCUGGACAGUGAGUUUGUAGGUCUGGAAGCCAUCGUAACAGCGAUAUCUGACAUGAAUCCUUCAUUCUUCCACGUUGGCCAUCGACGUAAACUUCUCCUACUUGCUAUCUGUGUCGUCAGCUUCUUCAUUGGCCUUGUGAUGGUUACAGAGGGUGGACUGUACAUCUUCCAGCUGUUUGACUACUACGCCUGCAGUGGGAUGACUCUACUUCUCUUCGCCAUACUGCAGUCUAGUUGUAUUGGAUGGAUAUAUGGUGCAGACCGCUUUUAUGAAAACAUAGAGGACAUGAUUGGAUACAAGCCUUCACCUCUGAUAAAGUAUUGUUUGAAAUAUGUUACUCCAGUAAUAUGCCUGGGAACGUUUAUUUUCUCUUUGGUCAAAUACACUCCUCUGAAGUUCAACAACACAGUUGAGUAUCCAUGGUGGGGUUAUGCUCUUGGCUGGUGGUUCACUCUCUCCUCCACACUCAUGGUUCCUCUGUUUAUGUUGUACAAUGUGAUCACCACUCCUGGUACACUGCGACAGAGGAUCUCCAUCUUGUGCACUCCAUCUGAAGACCUGAACAAAUCAGAGAAGAAAGCACUUGAACUGCUCGACUUGACCUCAGCUCCUGACACUGUGGUGUCCUAGUGGCAACAAGCUAACUGGAGCAGCUUCAGAUUUACUGAACACUGAGAGGACAAAGAUCAGCCUCAAUCCACUGAUCCUACUUCUUUUAAAGAGUUACUAAACCCCAGAGUUUUGGCUUCAGUGCCUUCUUCCUGGAACUGGAAAAGUGUCAAAAAUGGGCAGGACUGGGAGCAGAUGUAAGACAUGCCCAAUCACUCCAUCAUGCCACCUCCUAAUCUGCAGCACUGCCCACCCCCAAUCUAUAACCUAUGAUUGACAGUCAAAUCGCUCUGACUGCAAUGCAUCAAGAAAAGUUCCCUGCAUCCAAGCUGUCCCUAAAUGAUUUUUUUAAUUAAUUAUUAUAUGGUUGUUGUUGUUUUCUUGUUGGUGUUGUUGUUGUUUUACAAAAUUACAAACCCUCUCUGUAAUCUUUUUAGUCUUGUCGCUGUCUCAAAGGGAUUUCUCUGUCCCUUUAAGAAACUGACUGACUGAGACUGAAUGAGACUGACUGAGAAGUCACUUGGUACCAGAUCAGCCAAUAGCAAAAUUCAACUGCAGUUGCCAGGUUAAGACCUGUAGAGGGCAGUCACUGUGCAUAUUUAUUACUAUAAUUUUUGCACUCAUAUAUGAAGAUCUGGACCUGAAUCAACCAACAACACUACCAUAUAUUUUGGCUUUCAACUGAAAAGCAGUGUGGGGGUUUAGCUACUCUUUAAAGCAGCGGUUCCUAAUCCUUCUGAUGUCUGACUACUCAAAGCAGUGCCUACUUGUUACCCUUCAAAUUUAUUAUGAUUUUACCCCAUAAAGCACUUCAGAGUCUGAAUGCCAACAUCAGAGAAAUAUUUUCAAGAAUAUGGUAAAGUUAAUCUAAGCUCAAAGGUACACUGACUGUACAUGAACACUGGUUUUGUCCUUGAUUUCAGAGUCUGCCACAUCUCAUGGUCGUCAUUCUUCAGCUGUCUCAGGCGAGCUAGCGAGUAGGGCUGCAACUAAUGAUCACUCUCAUUAUCAAUUGAUUUUUUUUUUUUUUUUUACUCAAUUUGUUCAGUGUCUUAAAUGUCAGUGAAAUGCACAUCACAUCUUUCAUUGUUGGGGACGAGCUAGGCCUCCCAACAUCCCGUUACAUAUUAAAUUAUAAAAAAUAAGUGUAAUUGUAAUCUGUUACAGUUCCUGAAAAAAAAAAAAUCACACUUACAAAUUAUAAUGUUGAUAUUACAGAGAGGUUGCAUCUGAAUGUGUUUCAAUUAAAAGCUUAUAUGUACCAAGUAUUUUUCAGCUUUAUUGCCCAGUUUAAAACAUUUGUUAGAAAAGUAAUCAAAUGUAAUAAGUUAUUUGAUAAUGUAUUUAAAGGGGACCUAUUAUGCUUUUCCAUAUUUUCUGUCAAAUAUAUAAUGUUGCAAUGUCUGAUGUUCAUAUUUAACGUGGCCGAAGUUUCAAAUAAUACGGUAAAUAUAUGCAGAGGUAAUAUUUGUGAGCAAAUACCUCAGGCUUCAGUUUGUACUAAACGCUCCAACAGUUUCCAACAGUUUUUCUAUUCUUGCGACAGUGUGAUGUCAUAGUGUGCCAGAUUUCCUUAUAUGGUCAUCUGCUCCAGGCAUGCUACUGCAAGUGAUGACAUUAUGUAGCCUAUGCUGCUACAUGAAGUUACAUGCUAAAGUCAGGAAAACGUGUAAUGUCUGGUUGUGUUUUGAAGCUUUUAUUGGUCAUUUUUCAUGAUAAAAAGUGCCGCUAUACUUCAUUAGUCAUACCCCUGGCUGCGAUGAUGGUGCAGAGAUGCUGAGUUAUGGAAGAAUCAGAAACUGUAAUUCAGAGCAGACUGGGCUGUUUUGGAGAGGAGUGCUUAAAUAAACAGGCACGAAACAGAGUGUUACAGACAUGACGAUGUCACAAUGACGUCAGUUUAUUAGCUAGAGGCAAAACACAACUCGCCACCACAGGGCUGUGGGCUACAUAGGAGUCUUGAAAUGUCGUCUUGUUGUGUUAUUGGGAGCCAGAAUAGAAGGACUCAUGACUCAAAACUUAAAUUUUAUCACAUACCAGCCUCCACUGCCCAUCAUCAAUAACAAAGACGACAAUGGCUAAAUGUUAACGUUACAAGUCGAAAGGACUAGACGGAGGCGAUCAUCAAAAAUGCUCACAUGUGCAGAGCACACUUCAUAUCAGGUUAGGGAAAAAGUAAGGUAAAUGUUGUGUGUAUUAAGGGUUAUCAUGUCCACAUAAUUAAACAUUGAGGGGGUAUUAAGGGGAAUACUGGAUUUCUCUGUAACUUUAAUUUGUUAGCGCAUUAGCUAACAUUAGUUUCGGUAGCAAUACAAACUGGAGGAAACUGUUUAAGUGUUGUCCUCCUUUGUAAGAUUGGCAUAGUGAUCAACCACAAAGCUUCCUGUGACAUCAUCCAUCCACUGAGUGAGAGCAUAUGGGUCGGCCAGUCUGGUCCCGUUGGUCAGUGAUUAUUCAUUCAAGUAACACUCUCAGUCCCACAGAGUGAGUGACCUGACAUGGUGCGUUCGUAAAUUCAGCCUGACGCUCUUCACUAAAAUGAGAGCCCUGUUGGUCGGAGAAAUGGAGCAUUACAUUUCUAUAUAAAUGACACACGUUAAGUAAUCACACAUUGACUCCGCUCGGUGCUCGCAUCAUCUUCCUCCACUGUCUAAAACAAGCCAACAGAACUUGCUAGAUAGUGCUUGCUAAUGUCUGUAGAGAAUUGUUUUGCCUCCAGCUAAGCCCCGCCCACCAAAAA